GUUUAUAGUCACAUACAUCUGCUUGGCGAUACUAACAACCUAUGGAUCUAUUAUUUCUCCUUGUUAACAUUCUUUACCUGUAUUUCUUUCUGUUAGUGUAAUAAUGUUAACAUUCCCUAUAUACUCUCAGCUGAGGCAACACAUUUAUUGGAGAUGCUGAAACUACGGAGCUAUUAUUAUUAUUUGUUUGGAUAAUAAUUAACAUUUUUCACACUUAUUUUCUUUCUGUAAGUGAAAUAAUGUUAACAAAAGACAUUACAAAAUGUAAUUUUAAAUAUGUUUAUAUGUGUGGAUUACUUCCUGUAAUAAUCACAGUAAUGAUUCUGAUGACGAAUGGAUACAUGCCGAGCAAUAUGUUGCUGAACACUGAUCAAUUUGGAGCGAAACCGGAAGUAGUUAGAGUAAAUGCAACAUUUUGCAACCUGAGUGAACAUGGUGAAUUACCGAAUUCCAACGUGAUUGAUAAAAUGGAUACCGAAGCUAUGUAUCUUACAUUUUCUAGAUGCAUCUUAACUAAACAGAUAAAAUGUUGUAACGUGAGCAGAGCGGGACCUGGGAAUACGUUAGGAAAGAACAUUUGUUUGGAUUAUUUUAACAAAAUGCAAAAUAGAUGCCUUGUAUAUUCCUUUGGCUCUCAGUUUAAAUUUGCUUUUGAAAAUGCUAUUUGGAAAUCCCACAGAUGCGAAAUACAUACCUUUGAUCCCAGCCUUUCGACAGAAGGUGUUCGUAUACCUAGUGCUGUAAACUUUCAUCUAAUAGGACUCUCCAAUACAGAUACAACAUUUUCUGCGCCUGCCGGUUUCAGAGGUGAAAAGAAAUGGAGAAUGCAGUCUCUGUCGUCAAUUCGAAAAUCCCUUAAACACAAAGAUUUAUUGAUGUUCUGAAGAUCGACAUUGAAGGUUGGGAGUGGAAAGCUUUACCAGACAUUUUGCAGUCAGGCGUAUUAAACUAUGUGAAACAGUUGUGUUUAGAAAUACAUUUUGGUUUUAAUAUCCAGAUAAUUUGGAACGGUAAACAAGCUGUGGGUUACAGACAUUUAAACACAACAUGGGGAAGUGUUGCAAUUCAAAAUCAGCUCCAAAUUUUAAAAAGUUUAUAUGAUCAUGGUUUUAGAAUAUUUAUGUCUGAUCCAAUAAAACAAUGGGCAACUUAUCAUUUAAAAAAGACAAAGAAACCUAUCGAUACUUUGGUUGAGAUUUCCUUAGUGAAUAUAUAUAAUCAAUGACUAGGUCGGAUAUUUUUGUAUUGAUGUUGUGACUUUUAUUUUACUUUUUGCCUCUCAACAUUAUUCUGAAUUAUAAAUAUUAUUACCCUCAGCGUUAUCCUAAGUCUAGCCCACCUUGGUAUUGCUUUAGCCCUUUUAUCUGAAUGCUGCUCAUUCUACACGCAAACCAACUACUAAAUAUUGAUUUGAUUUUACUAGUCCUAUUAUAUAAAUUGUACAUCAUUUCUCCCACCUUUAUAACAUUUUUAUACAUGUAUUGAUUUCUAAGGUAAAGAUGUCCUUGGCAAUUACAGCUCAUUUCUAUCUGAGGGUCAGCCUGUUUGUAGCUCUUUUUGUAAUAUCAUUUGGCAGAGUUUUUGUUUUGUUUGUCUUGUUCUUAAUUUUCUUUAGCGCCACUUUAAAACAGUAUAAUUGUAUUUGAGUUAUGUUAUGGUGGGCAGUUAACUUUACCAGUGUUUCUGUACCAAUAUUUAACUCCAGGCCAUGGAAUUUUUCAUACGAACUAGCAAUCCAAAAACGCGACGGCGACAUUAUAAAUGGCCCCAACAGGAUUCCGUAAUCCAUAGAUCUGUGCUCUGCAUAUUGAGCUAUGUCGGCGAACUUUGCCUGCUUUUGUGAUUUUUAUUGUUUUUCAGGGCCUCUUCUUAAAUGUCAUUCUUAUAUUUAAUUACAUGUAGUAAUUCCGUUGAAAAAAACUCAGUUCUGUUUAGAAAUAAAUAAUAUAUUUGUAAUAUCGUUUUUAGUAUUAAACAUGAAACAGA